AGGGAGGGAGGGAACGUUGGAGAGAAAAGGAGACGGGGGAGCGCGUGAGAGAGAGCGAGUGCGCGCGCGCGUGGGUAAGCUCGCUCUGCUGUAGAGCAGGGAAGGGGAGCGAGGGGGAAAAAGGAAUAAGAAAAUUGAAGGUGGGCGCCAUAUGCUGAGGAUUUGGUGAAUGUCUCGUUGAGGGGAGCCGCUCGUGCUUCUGUCGGUGGACCGUGAAAGAUGGGGAGCUCGCACUUGCUGAACAAAGGCUUGCCUUUAGGCAUCAGGCCUCCCAUAAUGAAUGGGCCCAUGCACCCUCGUCCUCUGGUGGCACUGCUGGACGGCCGGGACUGCACAGUGGAGAUGCCCAUCCUGAAGGACGUGGCCACUGUGGCCUUCUGCGAUGCCCAGUCCACCCAGGAGAUCCACGAGAAGGUACUGAAUGAAGCUGUGGGGGCCCUCAUGUACCACACUAUCACACUCAUGCGAGAGGACCUGGAGAAAUUCAAAGCACUUCGAAUCAUUGUCCGCAUCGGGAGCGGCUUUGACAAUAUCGACAUUAAAUCUGCCGGAGAAUUAGGAAUAGCGGUGUGUAACAUGCCUUCAGCCUCGGUGGAGGAAACGGCAGACUCCACACUAUGUCACAUCCUCAACCUGUACAGACGCACUACCUGGCUGCACCAGGCUCUCCGUGAGGGCACGAGGGUCCAGAGUGUGGAGCAGAUUCGGGAGGUGGCGUCAGGAGCUGCCCGCAUCAGAGGGGAGACCCUGGGCAUCAUCGGCCUUGGGCGAGUGGGCCAGGCUGUGGCUCUGAGGGCCAAAGCGUUUGGCUUUAACGUGAUUUUCUAUGACCCAUAUCUGUCUGACGGGAUGGAGCGUGCGUUGGGUCUGCAGCGGGUCAAUACCCUGCAGGACCUGCUCUUCCACUCCGACUGCGUCACGCUCCACUGCAGUCUGAACGAACACAACCACCACCUCAUCAACGACUUCACCAUCAAACAGAUGCGUCAGGGUGCAUUCCUGGUCAACACUGCGCGAGGAGGGCUGGUAGAUGAGAAAGCUCUGGCUCAGGCACUGAAAGAGGGAAGAAUACGUGGAGCAGCUCUCGACGUCCAUGAGACAGAGCCCUUUAGUUUCAGCCAGGGUCCACUUAAAGAUGCCCCCAAUCUGAUCUGCACCCCCCACGCUGCCUGGUACAGUGAGCAAGCUUCCAUCGAGAUGAGAGAGGAAGCGGCUCGGGAGAUCCGCAGAGCCAUUACCGGUCGUAUUCCUGACAGCCUAAAGAAUUGUGUGAAUAAAGAAUACCUCACACAGACCACCCACUGGGCCGGUAUGGACCCUGCUAUUCACCCCGAGCUCAACGGAGCAUACAGGUACCCCCCAGGUGUAGUGAGCCUGCCCUCUGGGGGUCUUCCACCUCCAGUGGAGGGAAUCGUGCCAAGCGCCGUGCCCAUAACUCACAGCCUGCCCCCCGUAGCACACCCGCCCCACGCCCCGUCCCCGGGCCAGACGGGCAAAGCUGAGCCCGACAGGGAGCAGCACCCCAACGAGCAGUUGUAGCCGCGCUGUGUCGGCGCUCUCUGCACCACUAGAGAACUCUCCUGGUCCUUCUUUACCCCAAAGAAGAGGAGCGGAACAGGCUCCCCGGCUCAGAACCAGCCACGAAAAAACACAACCACGACUUUCUGUCUGAAGUAGCCGACCGCUUGAACUGAAGGUGGUGGAUUGUGCUCGCUCACUCUCUCUUUCACUCCUCUCUCUGAUUUUUCCUUUUGCUCUUUUUCUUUUUGGGAAAUAUCUUACGUGGAAACAACAAAAAGGAGAGAAUCUUGUGAAUUUGAAACAAAGCAACCUUUAACCUUCUCCCUGCUGGUUUAGAUCGUAGUCUGUCCAAGUGCAGUGGGCGAUUUUAUCUGUUUUUCUGUGUCCAAUGGGUUUCAUUGUUUAAAAAAAAAAACAACAAAAAAUACAACUGUAGUUAUGAAUGUAACCUGUUUGUGUACAGUUUUUAGAAUAUGAU